AUGCCUAAGAUUGAAAAGGGCCCGGCGCACCGCCUUUCCGUGUCGACCGCAUCGGCCGCAGGCGGAACUCGCAGUUCCUCUUGGUCCGCUAGAGAUGAUGAGACGCUCAUUCAGGCCAGGGCUCAAGGUCUCAACUGGAACCAGAUUGGACCGAAGCACUUCCCUUCCAAGACGCCAAAUGCCUGUCGCAAACGGCACGAACGGUUGAUGGAGAGGCAAAAUGCGGAGCAGUGGGACGGCGUGAAGCUGGACGUACUAGCGCAAGCCUAUAUGGAAGUUCGAAGGGACAUGUGGAGCAUGUUAGCUGCCCGAGUUGGAGAGAAAUGGCAACUGGUAGAGACAAAGUGCAUGGAGAAGGGUCUCAAGAACCUCACUCAGGCCUUUAGGUCGGCACAAAAGAAGCUCGAGAAUGGUACCUACCACGACCAUGAAGAUAGUGGCGUAGGCAUUUCUGACCUGGAAGAAGAACAAGAGGAUCCCCAUCCGAUGCAACAACAAAUGCAACAGCAAAUGCAACCACCGAUGCAGCAGACUAUGCAGCAGCCCAUGCAAUACGCUUCGCAUCACCUCCCGCAUCAGCAAUAA